UCUAUAUUUAGUUGUUGAGGAUUCAACAAUAAACAAUUUCAUUGAUUCAAAAAUACAGUAAUAGUCAGGACGGAAUAUUUAGCUUCAAAAAAUUUAACUCAGUUUUAGUAGAACAUGGAUGCUGAUAUUGCUAAAUGGAGUGAAAUAGACAGAAAAUGGAACAAUAGUUUUGCUGAUAUACCUGUCAGGAGCACGAAACCAAUAGUUAUAAAAGUAAAAAUCUUGGCAGGAAUCGGCAUCAACAGAAACAGUAUCUUCGACUAUGUAACGUAUCCCCAUCCAAGAAUCGAAGUAGAGUGCGAUUGGGCAAGAGGAACAAAGAAAUUUCAAACGAGUGAGAAAAAUGAAACGAAUAACCCGAUUUGGGAUGAGACUUUCCGAAUCGUAUUGUCAGAUGGAUAUGAUGAAACGUCAAACGGAAUUAUGAAAUUCCGUUUACUUGACAAAGGUUGGAUAUAUUCCACAACUCUUGCAGAAACUGAUUUCGAUCCAGAUUCACUUGAAAUCGGAAGUAAUUUUGAAGGAAAUAUAUCUUUUGGUAAAAUGGGAACGAUCAGAGUGAAAAUAACAAAACGACAAAAAACUCAUUUGAGACUCUCACAUUGUCUCUGUGACGGAGAAAUAAACUUCAGGAAAAAUAGAAUUCAUCGCGCAAUGAAAGGAAUGCAAAGGUUAUUGGGAAAUGACGGAGCACCGCGAAAUUUACUAGAGGCUCCCAUUAUAUCUGUUGUUGGCUCUGGAGGUGGUAUACGAGCAAUGACAGGAAUGUGUGGAGUUAUGGAGGCUUUGUUAGAAACUGGAAUAUUAGACUGCUUGAUGUAUGCAGUUGGAACAUCCGGAUCCUCUUGGUAUCUCACAAGUUCAUACGCUCGAAAUGCUUUGGACAAAAACAGGCAAUCAGAUUAUCAUUCAUGGCUAAGAAACUCACUCACAACUUCUCCUUUCGUUGAAUUGGUGAAACCUUGGAACAUACUUAAAGGAAGACAAGUUUACAAGGCAAAAACUUCAGUCGGUCAGCCUUUCACUUUCAUCGAUUAUUAUGGAAUUGUUACAGCAAUAAAGGCAAUGGGUGAAGAGUAUGCUAAUGUCAAACUGUCCGACGUAAGGAAAUACCUGGAUGAAGCAAAUGUACCGUUACCUCUACUCAAUUCAAGUCAAGUCUACGAAGAUCGUUUAGUGCAGCAGUAUUACGCCGACUGCAGUUUUACACCAUAUGAAUGCGAAAUACCACACUAUGGCGUGAACGUCGACAUGCAAAGACUCAAUAGCCAAUUUCAUUCUGGAGUUAUGGAAAAAAAUUUACCAGAGCCCGACUUGCAGUUUUUGUUGGGAACAUUAGGAAGUGUAUUUGGAGUGAGUUUGGACAGAAUAAAACAGGCGCUUGAUGAAGAUGACGAAACUGAUAGUGAAAUGACGGAGCAUGAUCGUGAUCACCAAGAGGAACAAAAAUCAGCAUGGUUGAAUAAUCUUCCUGGUUUUCUUGGUCGCAAUGGAGUGAUACAAAGAACCGGUAAAGUUUUGAACAUGGUCAGGGGAUUUAGUGAUAUGAAAAGAUUCCGAAUCAAUCCUCGGAUAAAAUCUGCCGGAGAAGAAGAAUUUGAUGGUUUUGAUGAACAAAGAAGCGAUUUAGAUUUGGUUGAUGGAGGUAUCCUAUGCAAUGUAGCAGUCGAUGCUAUUUUACGUCCACAAAGAAGAAAUGACAUUCUAAUCAUCAUUGAUUUUACUGGGUAUGAUGCUGAUGUCAGUUUUAAGACACUGACAACAUCAAUAUCUUUGGCUAAAGAAGGAGGAUACAAAUUCCCUCCUGUGGACUUGAAAAAAAUCAGAAAGGAAGGAGUAAAACAAUUUUAUAUAUUCGAAGACGAGAAUGAUCCCGAGUGUCCAAUCGUUUUCUGGUUUUUAAUGACAACAAAAAAGUUUUCCCAGUUAUCAGACUACACACCAAAGAACAAGGAAGUUUUAAAAGAUCUACCGCCCGGUGAGAGAUUCAACGAUUUCAGUAUUUACAAAUCUGAUACCUACGAUACGUUUGAUCUAACGUACACAAAUCUUGAAUUUGAUAGACUUCGAGAACUGAUGAAUUUCAACAUUUCAAGUAACGCCGAAAUUAUCAAGCAGAAGAUACGUGAGAAAAUAUCUCAAAAAAGAAAACUUGGUCAUCAAAACAUGAUUGAAAACUAAUACUUUAUCUGGUCAGGUUGCCAAAUUAAUAAUUAGCCACUGGCUUACGAUUUUGUAUUUCAUAAAUGAAGCUAUUAAUCAAUAAUUUAAGUACAAUACUCAUUAACAGCCAACAAGGAUAUGUAGUAUGUAGCCUACAUACUUAAAAGUUAACUUUGCUCACGAUUUAUUAUCUUCUUCGACUAUGUAUAAAUGUGUACAUAUUCAAUAUGUGUAUAAUCUUUUUACAUUUGUAUUUAUUCAGUUUGACAAAGAAAAUAUUUUUAUAACGACAUUGUUACCCAUAUUUGCCAUAUUUGUACAAGUUCCAGGUUGUAUAUUUCUUUAAUCUUCGUGACUUAUUAACCGUUGUUUUCAUGUGCAGUGAUUACGAACUUAAUAUAUUUUUUACGUGUUUUGUAUAGACAGAAAUCAAACACAUAUAUGCACUUUUUAUACUGAACUUUGUCCGUUUGAGACCUACAUCCUGAAUUGCAUAUUUCUGAUUAAGUUGAAAAAUAACCAAUAGUGUAACUCGAGUUAUAUUAGACGAGAUUUAUGCUAAAUACAUUUUUAUCAAUAUUUA